GUUCCUCAACUUUGCGCGCCCAAUACACAAAACACAGCUCACUCAACUCCCCUCAAAACCCUUUUCUUCGUCUCUCUUCAUUUUCGCCGGUAAUCAAAUUUCCGGCACAAUUUCACUGCAAGUAGAAAAUAUACUCUUAAUCAGAGAAACCCUUUAAAAUUUGCAGCACAAAAAAGUAGAAAAAUGAGCACAGUAGACAAGAUGUUGAUCAAAGGAAUUCGGAGUUUCGACCCGGAAAACAAAAACGUCGUCACUUUCUUUAAACCCUUAACCUUAAUUGUCGGCUCCAAUGGUGCCGGAAAAACUACCAUAAUUGAGUGCUUGAAGCUUGCAUGCACUGGGGAGUUGCCUCCCAAUGCUAGGUCUGGUCAGAGCUUCAUUCAUGAUCCCAAGGUGGCAGGGGAAACAGAGACGAAAGCGCAGAUUAAGCUUCGUUUUAAGACAGCUGCAGGGAAAGAUGUUGUGUGUAUAAGGUCCUUCCAGCUAACACAAAAGGCAUCAAAGAUGGAAUAUAAAGCUAUUGAAAGUGUACUACAGACUAUAAAUCCUAAUACUGGGGAGAAAGUUUGUCUGAGUUAUAGAUGUGCGGAUAUGGAUCGAGAAAUUCCCGCGUUGAUGGGUGUUUCUAAGGCUAUUCUUGAAAAUGUGAUAUUUGUGCACCAAGAUGAGGCCAACUGGCCAUUGCAAGAUUCCUCCACUCUGAAGAAAAAAUUUGAUGACAUUUUCUCCGCAACCCGGUACACUAAGGCAUUAGAGGUUAUCAAAAAGCUCCAUAAGGAGCAGGCCCAAGAAAUCAAGACAUACAAGCUAAAGUUAGAGCAUCUGCAAACAUUGAAAGAUUCUGCUUAUAAGCUUCGAGAAAGCAUUGCUCAAGACCAGGAAAAAACAAAAUCCUUGGAAGUUCAAAAGCAAAAUUUGAAUAAAGAAAUUGAAGAGAUUACUGCUGAGAAAGAUUGUACUGAAACCAAGCUAAAGAAUCUGCGUAAGUUACAGGUCCAGAUAACUGAAAAGCGUGCCACAAGAAGUGCUUCAUUCAGAGAGCAGGAACAAAGGCAUCAAGAUCUCAAUCAAGAUUGUGAAGACACUGAUGAAGAAUUGAAAGAGUGGGCGGAAAAGUUUAAAGAGAGGAUUUCUCAGCAGGACUUGCUAAUUAGCAGGCUGGAAAGAGAAGGAGCUGACCUAGAAGAAAGAAGCAAAAAUCUUAACAAUACAAUAAAUCAGAAUAUCAAAGAGAUCAGCAAGCUUCAGAGUGAAGCAGAUGUUCAUGCUUCAUUGAAGAGGGACAGAGACUCCAUGAUCCAAGAGCUCUUUUCUACGCAUAAUUUAGGCUCCCUGGCAAAUGGCCCUUUCAGUGAUGAAACAGCUAUGAGGUGUACUAAUCGUCUAGAGAAGAAAAUUCUGGACCUGGAGAAGGAUUUACAGGAGAAAAAGAAUUCAAAUGAAAUAGAAAUUAAGGCUGCACGGGACUCCUAUGAGAAUGCUGAUAACCAUCUUAAGGAUCUUCAAGCUAAAAUACGAGCGAAAGUGGACACAAAGAAUAGAAUUUCCAAACAAAUUCAAGAGAAAGAGAAAGAUCGCGAGUCAUAUGAAGCUCAGAUAUCUAAUGUUGAUAUGUCUCGCUUAGAUGAAAAAGAAAGGAAUGCGUGUCUUGAGGUUCAGAGGAAGGAAAAACAACUUGCUGAAACAGAUUUUGAAUUAAUUAUAAGCCAAAAGCAAUUUGAAUCGGUUAACAUAGACAACAAGAUCAAAUCUUUGAAUCGAGAAAGAGAUGUCUUGUCUAGUGAUUCUGAGAAUAGAAUAAAAUUGGCAGUGAAGAAAACAGAGUUGGAAAAUCAAAAGAAAAAGUUGAAUAAAAUAAUGGAUGAGCACAAGGAUAAGAUUAGAGGAGUGCUAAAAGGGAGACUCCCACAUUUGAAGGACUUGAAGAAUGAAAUUUUCCAAUUGUUAAGCUUUACAAGCAACGAGCUUAAAGACCUUAGCCUCAAGUCCCGUGAAGCUGAAAAGGAAGUUGACAAGUUACAUUUGAAGAUCCAGGAAGUUAAUGAUAAUUCAAUCAAAAUGCGAAAAGAUAUGGACUCUAGGAAGAGGGUCAUUGAGUCAACACUUCAAUCACUGGAUCAGCAGUAUUUUGGAGUUGAAUCCUAUCUUCAAGCCUUGAAUAGGGCCAAAGAGAAAAGAGAUGACCUGAAAAGUAAAUGUAGCGUGGCAGAUGGUAUGCGCCAAAUGUUUGAACCUUUUCUACAGAUUGCUCGAAGCGAACAUAUUUGCCCUGUCUGUGAACGCCCUUUUUCUGCUGAAGAGGAGGAUGAGUUUGUCCAGAAGCAAAGAGCCGUAGUUUCUGAUUCUGCACAGCGUAUGAAAGCAGUGGGCACAGAGUCUGCAAAUAUUGAUUCCAUUUUCAAGCAGUUGGACAACCUCCGUGUGGUGUAUGAAGAGUAUAUUAAAAUUAGUAAAGAGACAAUACCUCAAGCAGAGGCAAAAUCAUCUGAAUUAAAUAAAGAAUUGGAUCAGAAGACACAAGCACUUGAUGAUAUUUUAGGUGUAGUUGCCCAAGUACAGGCUGACAAGGAUUCAAUUGAGUCCUUGAUGCCGCAUGCGGAAACAGCAAACAGGCAUUUCCUAGAGAUACAAUCCUUGCAAAAACAACUGGAUGAUUUGGAGGGCAUGCUUGAUUAUAGAGGGGCCAUUGCUAGAUCAAUUGAGGAAAUAAAGUCAGAGCUUGAUAAUCUACAAAACACGAAGGAUAUUAUUCAAGAUGAUAUAGAGAAGUUAAGAGAGGAAAAAAAGAACAUCCUGGAAGAUAUAGCUACUGCUAACUUACGGAUGUAUGCAAGUAGAGAGGAGAAACUGAAAGCUGUUCCUGUACUAGAAAAUCUUAAGAAGGUGGAGGAUGAGCUUGAACGUUUGAUGGAGGAGAGAAGUUUAUUUGAGCUUGAGGAGAAGCAACUUGCAGAAGCCAUCAAACCUUUAACCAUAGAAACAAAGAAACUGUCAGAUGAUCAUGAUGCUCUUAAAAAAGGACUUAAUUGCGAACUCGAGCAGCAUGCUGAACUAACAAGAAAUAAGCGGCAGGAAGUCCGAGACCUCCUCAAACUCAACUCCAAGAUCAAAGAGUAUGAUGAGAUAAAAAAAGUAGAGCGCUUAAAGGAGCUCCAAAUAAGAAAUUCACAGUCAGAAUCACAGCUUCAGAACGGUAAUCAAAGGAAGAAGAAUAUAUCUGUUGAACUGAAAAGCGCCGAGGAAACCAAGCAGAGCGAAGAGUUACUGAGACGUAAUAUUGAUGACAACAUUAUGUAUAGGAAAGUAAAAGCUAGAGUAGAUGAGCUGACUCGUGAGCUUGAGUUACUGGAACAGAGACAAGUACAGAUUGGUAGUGAGAAAACAAUCGAGUCUGAUCUAUUAAAAUUAAAUCAAGAAAGAGAGAGGCUUCUGUCAGAGUUGAAUAAAAUUCAUGGAACAAUGUCAGUGUAUGAGAGUAAUAUCUCAAAAAGUAAGAUUGAUCUCAAACAGCCACAGUACAAGGAUAUAGACAAACGCCACUUCGACCAACUAAUCCAGCUCAAGACUACAGAAAUGGCAAAUAAAGAUCUUGAUCGAUACUAUAAUGCUCUUGACAAGGCACUCAUGCGUUUCCACACUAUGAAAAUGGAAGAAAUAAAUAAAAUCAUUCGGGAACUCUGGCAGCAAACAUACAGAGGUCAAGACAUUGAUUACAUAUACAUACAUUCGGAUUCUGAAGGUGUUGGAACUAGAUCUUACAGUUAUAAGGUGCUCAUGCAGACGGGUGAUGCAGAACUGGAAAUGCGAGGAAGGUGCAGUGCUGGCCAGAAGGUUCUUGCUUCACUUAUUAUAAGGUUGGCCCUAGCAGAAACUUUCUGCCUGAAUUGUGGUAUUUUAGCACUUGAUGAGCCAACAACAAACUUGGAUGGCCCAAAUUCUGAGAGUUUGGCUGCUGCUCUUCUUAGAAUCAUGGAGGACAGGAAAGGCCAGGAAAAUUUUCAGCUGAUUGUGAUUACUCAUGAUGAGCGAUUUGCUCAACUAAUUGGACAACGGCAGCAUGCGGAGAAAUAUUACCGAGUUUACAAAGAUGAGCAUCAACAUAGCAUAAUUACUGCUCAAGAGAUCUUUGAUUGAAGUUCCUCAAGAUGGUCAUCCUCAACUCACUCAUUCAACAUAGCAUAAUUACUGCUCAAGAGAUCUUUGAUUGAAGUUCCUCAAGAUGGUCAUCCUCAACUCACUCAUGUUUGUCACUUGUACUGAAUCUUCAUAUUGCUCAGUUUGGGUUGUACAGAUAUUAGAAAAUGAGAGGAAUAUGUGUUAGCACGCAUUGAGACUAGUUCUUCCGAAAGAAUGUUGUUCUGUAAGAUCUGCACAAGUUUUACUGUACAGUAGUGUGGUUAGUUUGAAGCUAUUCUUGAUAAUCUGAGUUAAUCCAUGUUCACUACUUUUCUUA